GCCCCGGCCGCUCUGGCAGCUGCGAAUCCCGCUCGUCAUCCGGAGCCUGGUGUUGCCUGUAAAGAGAUCAACGACGUAAUUUUUUCUGUUUCCUCUUGCGAAGCCUCUAGGCACCAGAAUUCGACCUUCUCCUGGCUUCGCAACACCAUAGCGCAGCAAUACCGUGCCGAGUACAAGAUACUGACAGCUCUUCCGACCCUCCAUCGUGCAUCCUACCCUCCAAAUCUCCACUUUUCUUUAUUUUCCUCAACAUUUUUCUGCCGAAAAGGCCGCGAGUAGUGGUGAAGUCGAAAGGAAACAGAAGUCUGAAACUAUGGUCAUGGGACUCGUCUCCGGGCGCCGAAGGGCAACCUCUAAUGCUAGCAGCCGAGGAUCCUCUGUCGACGGAUCAGACUCUAUCGAAGAUGAUACCCUCGUAGUCGAGCCCGAUCAGGGCAACGUCCUUUCCCACAUCAUAUCCCAGUUGAGACCUGGUGCCGAUCUGAGUAGAGUCGUUCUGCCUACCUUCAUCUUGGAGCCCCGUUCCAUGCUGGAAAGGAUCACAAAUUUUAUGUGCCAUCCCGAAAUGCUGCUGCCGAUUCCUCACAUUGACGAUCCGGUAGAAAGAUUUUUAGGCGUUGUCAAAUUCUACCUGAGCGGCUGGCACAUUCGCCCUCCUGGUGUCAAGAAGCCUUUGAAUCCCAUUCUGGGCGAGAUUUUCUCGUGCUACUGGGACUUCCCCGACAACACCAGAGCGUACUACAUUUCCGAGCAAACCUCUCACCAUCCUCCAAAGUCGAGCUACUUUUAUAUGGUACCUGGUCACCACAUUCGGGUGGAUGGGACGCUAAAACCCAGGAGCAAAUUCCUGGGUAACUCCGCCGCUAGCAUGAUGGAAGGCAUUGCCAUCUUGACCCUCCAAAAUCGCGGCAAGGAUCCUACCAAGGGAGAAAGAUACAUCCUCACCCAGCCGAACAUGUACGCAAGAGGUAUCCUCUUUGGUAAAAUGAAAUAUGAGCUGGGAGAUCACAGUUAUGUGAGAUGUCCAGAGACCGGCCUUGUUGCCGACAUUGAGUUCAAGACCAAAGGCUGGGUCAGCGGCACGUAUAAUGCCAUUGGUGGAACGGUGAAAAAUGAGGAAACGGGCGAGGUGCUCUAUGAGCUUUCAGGACUGUGGAGCGAAGAGAUGUUUCUCAGAAACGUCAAGACUGGCCACAAGGAGAUGUUCUUCAACGCCACCAAGUCAAAGCAUAGUCCCCCUCUGAGCCGACCGCUUGAGGAACAAGAAGAACGAGAAUCUCAAAGGCUGUGGGCUAAGACUGCCCAAGCAGUCAAAGAACGUAACCAUGAGCUGGCAACCGACGAAAAGACGAAAAUCGAGGAGACCCAGCGUGAAGAGGCUGCUUUGAGAGCAAAUGAGGGUGUCGAAUGGCACCCCAGACUGUUUAGGAGAGUUAGAGGCGGUCCUGGCGGAUCCGAGGAAGGCGAGGAAGAUCUCGAGUGGAUUAUCAAUGCUCAAAUAGACGGAAGGACACCAGAGAAGCAGGCGGCCCAGAUCAUGGCCAUCUAUCCAAUCAUCCCAGGCCAAAAAUGUGAGAAAAGGAUCGUGAUACCACCAAGAGCCUCAUUUUCUGAGUCACGCCCUCAGACAGCCCACAGCAAUGACAGCAAUCUCAUCAAUCUCAACAAUGACGGACCAUCAGCCGAUGACAGCAGAGCACCGGCCCUGACCCCGACCCUACCAACCAAGAUUUCGGAAGAUUCUAUGUCCACGAAAGCAAGCAGUGUUUCAUUGGAACAAACUCAAGGGGAGAAGCCUCCCUUGGACCCCAACCAUCGCAGUACAGCAGAGAUUCAGACAAUGUUGGCUGCAACAGGCGACAAGGCUAAGGCCGGGCCGCUAAUUGACUUCCACGACGACAUGAAGAAGGCCUUGCCUGCAAAUCCCAAGCGAGCCGACACAGAAGACUCACAAGAUGACGUCUUUGUUGACGCCCAGGGGUAAAACACUCGGCGUCAUCAUGGGCGUUUUUAAACUGUAGUGUUUUUUCUUUCAAGUCUAUAGCAUCAUGGUUUGGUGGGCAUAAGCAUACAUCAUAACAAAAGGAGGAUUGGAAAUGGUUCUACCAGGUCAAUGUCAAAGUGGAGAUUGGUGAGUGUAGGCUCUAAUCAUUUUUCCUUGGUCGAUCAACAGUAGACAAUGAUACCUGGUGGAAACAAAGGAAGGAAAGGAGGGAGGCGCUUUUGGCAUUUUGAUUCUGGCACAUGGGCUCUACCCCGGCCAUUCAUUCAGUGUGGGGGACAUUUUUGUUUUGUUAUUUCUGAUUUGGGAUCAACUCCUGGGAAAUGCAAAUCCAUGAACAUUCAGAACUCGUGUGCCUUGUGUGAUGUGUGGUUGCCCCUGAGCCGCCUCUGGGUCACUGCGUCAGCCUUUUCCUUCCUGCUGGUGGCACAGUUUAUUUCACACUUCAUGAGGAACAUAGUCUAUAACGUAGCUAAGGGUUAGGAAGUUUACGUUGAUGUGUAUUAGUCGUCCAUGGUGUCUUUGGUCAAGUCAUUCCUUCCCUCAACUCAAGAAAGCCACCAUUAGUAACACGCUUAGAUACCUACCGGACUUUCCUUGGUUUUGCUUUUAAUUCUCCAGCGCCCUUGACCAACCUUGAUUUCAAUCUUCUUCUCACCCUCGCUGCCAUCAAGGACAGACCAGCCAUCCUGUCAUUAAAGAAGCCGUCCAAUCUGAAUCCUUCGCGCCUCAGAGUUUUCUUGCUAGUUGGCUUCACCCCGCUUUUCUACGAACCCGUACUGGGGAGAGGAUUUGUUGACCGUCGGGACAGCAUCAACAUGGAAAGACAUCCGCUGCCGGGGACCCAACCGUUCGGAUUGAGAGCCCCUUGGCGGAGCCAGGGGACGCAGGAACCCGAAAAGUGAGAACCAUGGUACCACUCAGGAGUAUUCAAGACCCGUCGUCCUGCUUGUCAUCCCUUACUGCGGCUUCGUUCAGCCUUGAUACCGGUUGAUUUGAGGCACAAGGCGGUAUGUCGUUAUCAUGCCGUUCACUAACAAGAUAGGUACCAAACCGGAUCUGGGAGCCGCCCAUGAUCGACCGUUCACCAUCUGUUUUGGUCCAUCGCGAGAUCGAAUUAGGAGGCCCUUGCCAGGUAAGUGGUCUCAUUUGGGGAGAGAUUUUCCCAUUGUUCGGAUGUGGCAUCCGCAAUUCUUCAACGUCGCAAUGCCUUGGAUCACUGCGGGCCAUUCUCGCACGAAAGGAUUGCUCUUCACCACAGACUCGCAGAAUACGGUGGUCACCUAUAAUGCUACCGCAGCCAUGUUCGGAGACAGGUUGGUUCUCUUGUCACUGACGGACAGAAGCCGGCUGGCUCAUUCCCUUUCCCGGGGCUGCGGAACCGGACCGAAAGUAAUACACGACACACCCAAUUUGUCCUGCAACAAUAAGCCCCAGGAUACCACGCGAACCGGACAGUCUUUCCAGUCCUAGAUGGCGACAGGUAGCCUCACGAGGCAGCAGCAACAAAUGUCCGCGACGAGUAGUGUUCUCGGCCCAACCCUCCACACGUCUGCCUCCCUCCCCACCUGUCAAAGCGCGGGCGCACCCCUUUGUAAUACAACACCACGCCAUAUGGGCUCCAUGUUCACGGACAGGAUCGUGAGAACCGGAGUCUCUUGCUGAUCAUUCGAAACAUUCGCCGGGUGGGUUUUUGAACUUGCCUUGCGCAAUUUUAUCGUUGAUCAAUCUACGAUCUGGCGAGAUACAUCCUGGCUCACAUGCUUUUCACAUGGAGCCCUUUUCGUCGGUCUCAGAUGAUGAACCCCUCUCAACAGGAGUGCCUGCCCCCUGCUUGGGGUUUUUCUCGGCGUCCACAAGGCCAGUGUCGUCGGACCAUGAGCCGAACAUCGUUAGGGUAGCUUACCUACCCCAUGCCGCAAUAUCGGCCGUUGACCCUAAGCUAGCGAGCAGCAGUGCCCGUUCUCGGAUCCGGAAAGAUUGCGGGGCGAAGAGCGUUGGACGGCGUGCUUCAUCGCGACGGGGCGCUAGGAGAGGAUUUUCUUUUUGCUUUUUUUUUCGCGCUCGAGGGAACAAGCUUUCUGCUGAUGGGGCAGGUGAGGUCGGGUCUGGGAGGCAGGGCAUUACCAGGACAAAAUGCUAGAGAAGACGAAGUUGACGAUAACGAUACAGCACGAUAGCAAACUCGCCAAGUCUGCGGAGUAAAUGUUAUCAAGCAGCA